AUGAGCAGCAACGGCUCAGAUCCUGUUGUUAAAUGCAGCCGAUGCAAAUACACUGGGCCCCAAUCAUCUUUUCCACGCCUGGCAAAUUUUACGUACACGAAACACUGCCACGAUUGUGCGAAGAUCCGGAAAGGACGCGGAAAGAAGAACACAGCAACUACAGAUACUUCAGAGAGAGUCCGUGACACGCGCGGCAAAGACACCUCCGGGGAACCAAUGCCUCAGCUGAGUCUUGCCCAAUGCCUGUCCCUGCUCGAAAAACAUCGAUCGGACGCGUUUGAGCUUCAUGCACAAGUCAACAUUGGCAAGUUGGCCAUCCCUGAGGGAAAAGGGCGGACUGCAAAAACUCUUGCAUCGGCAUUCGCAAGAUCUGCCUGGGAUUCUACUGGCUAUCGAUGGAACCUCCGAAUGCAUCGUCCUCUCACUAGUGACUCUGCCACAAUUAACUCGGAGUUUUACUGUGCGCAAUUGGAGGGGGAGCAGACAGACAACAAGCUACAUGAAGAUGAAUCAAAGCAGCGUGCACGUGUCAAGAUGACGCGCUACCACUGCAAUGGGUGGCUUAAUGUCACCAUCAAUGAGAGGAAAAUGGAUGAGGCGGUCAUCCGUGUAUCACACCACAUUCCACAUCCCCUAUACAACGACAUUUCGAUUCCUACCGAAGCAAAGAAGAUAAUCGAAACUUCACACAACUCUACCCCAACCAAGAUCUACGAGGCUCUGAUCAAGCAAUUCCCGGCCAUUAAAAUCACCGAGAAACAAGUCUACCGUCAUUGGAGUGACAUCAACAAGGCCAACUGGCGCAAGAAGGAUGAUCAGGUUGCGUCCGCAGCUGCUCUGCUUGCGGAAUAUGAUGGACUUGCAGUUGAUGUCAUUGAAAUUAAACCGGAAGACGGGCUGUCUACAAUCGCAUUCAGUUUCCGUGACAUUAUCAACGACUUUGGUGUGGACACACAGUCAAUUGCAAUGGAUUCCACUUGGAAAACAAAUGCAGCUGGGUACGAGCUGUAUGCGAUUGUAGCGGAGGCUAAUGGCACAGCGCUUCCACUUGCAUUCGUGUUCACAACCUCCUCUGGUAAUCUUGCCGAAGGUGCCAAGACCCGAAUGCUUGAGCAGGUCCUUCAAGCAGUGGGCAAAAAAUGCCCCAAUAUCUGCUUUGUUCAUUCGGACAAGGAUCUCAGUGAGAUUAAUGCUGCUCAGUCAGUCUUCCCGGAUGCAAAACACCAGUUAUGCAUGUGGCACGGGCCGCGAUAUGUCAAAGAGCGGCUCGCUGAGAAUAAGCUGCCGGCCCAUUAUGAUCCAAGGAAGGCGCAUCAGCGUUUUUCGUUCAUCGACCCAACAUGGGCUCCUGGUGUAAUGCGCCGUGUCUUCGAUGACUCUGAGGAUGAAUCCGACCCAGAAGAUGAUGACAACGGGCCGAAGAGUUACACAUCCUUACCUCCCUUGUUUAUACUGGUUCAAGAUGGUGUCCGACGUCCUGUCUAUCCGAAUCCGCCCAAGCCGCAGAAGGCUGAUCUGGGCGAGUUCUGUCCGGCGGAAUUUCGGGAAUUGACUCUCGAUCUCUACACAAUCCAUGGUCGCCUUCAUCCCGAAAUUCCCAUCAACGACACAGAUGAACCCUAUCUUUCAGCAGAUGACCUCUACAAGUCUGCCGUUUAUGAUAUGUAUUUCCACUGCUGGGACAACGACCUCGUCCAGGUUUGGGCAUAUAUGUGGAAUCGCUGGUACUCUCCCUCGCAAUGGGUGCUCUGGGCCCGAGCGCCCGAAGCGGCCAUUCCCAGGAUCCACACAACGAUGAUUGUCGAGAGCUUGUGGAAGCACAUCAAGCAUCGAGAUUUAUCUGAUUUCAACCGCCCUCGACUGGAUCUCGUCACCUACAUCAUCAUUCAAAAUCUCCUCCCGCGUGUUCAGCGCAAUCUCGAGGAUCUCCAGCAGAGUCGCCGAAUGGGGCGAGGUCCUUCGCUCGUUGGUUGGCAGAAGGAUUUUCGAAUGGCUUGGACUGAGCUGAGCAAGUCUGAUUCUCAACAUCGGAUUGAUCGCGCUGCCGACUGGGUUCAGAACGCGAAGAAUGCGAAUGAUCGGGAACACCGUUUGGCUCGAAUUGCUGCCAACGCUGGUCGGACCGCAGGUAAUUAUAUCACGGAUCUGCAGAAAUGGGUUUGCAGCUGCCCCGCAUUCCUUUACAGUCGGUUCAUGCUCUGCAAGCAUCUCGUCCAUUACACUAAUGAAGCCCUGGACAAUAAACCACUUAAAGAUCUCGCAAUGUUCGCCAAUCUACGGCGAAACCAUCUCCCUCCCUAUUAUCGCAUUCCCGGGAUUCAUGGUGACGAGUCUGCCGUUGACAGUGAUGGGCCCGAGGAUAUGCCGGAGAUCCACAUCCUCGGACGUGGUAUUUCUCGCUCUCAAUCCGUGUCCUCCAUGGCCCGGUCAUCUGUGAUGGACAGCGAGAACGAGGUGGACGAUUUUCUGACUACAACUGUCAGUGCGAGGAAUUCAGAUAUGGAGAUGGAUGAAGAUGGAAGCGAGGAGUUCGAUAUCAAUUCCGAGACCAGAGACUCUGCUGAUCGGCAGAUCCGUGCUCUUGCAUCGGACGAUGAGGAUGGCUCAAAUGAUCGCGUUUAUCUUUCCGAAGCUGAACUCAAGUCGAUCAAGCGAAAUAUUAAUGCCGUCUAUGACACCAUCUCGCAAACGACUGGCAUGGCUGCACCACUGGCCAAGGCACUCUUGCCAAAAGUGAAUGCACUCGACAAGAUAGGGAAACAAAUCAGAGAAAACAAGCGCAGACGUAAAAUGCCUCGCACUUACAAAGACAGUACUAAUAUUACGCUUACCCUAGACUGAAAGCGUAGUAUGUACUUUACUUACAAACUCCACGAAAUAAAUGCAAUGACCAGUCUGAC